AUCCAAGUAAAAUCUCAAUCAACAACAGUACAGAAAAUAUCGACAUGUUACUACAAUUUAUACGUGCAUAGUCUAGUAAGUGUGUGAUCUGCGAAAUUGAAGCUCUGUGGGAAUGUAGUCUGACGUCCGGCCGUGGAAGUAAUUGGUCCGCAGAGCUUGUUAUCAUCACCAGAAAGUGCUACAUACUGACGAUUAAAAUGCCGCAUGGAAUCGAACGGAUCGCUGCUGGCAUUCUCUGCCCAGCUAGUCGGCUGCGUUAUCUCGAGGUACCCGCUGUCGCUGCAUCAGUCGCUAGAUUUUGCAGGAGCAGCCGAUCUUCUUCUCAACCAUGUCAACAUAGUUGUCUUUUCAAGCGGAAUUCUUCUUCACCGGGACAUCGAAUUCCCCACAAACUAAGAAAUAUCAGAGCUGAUAACAUUCAAUUUAAAGAUAACAAAUACAAGUGUUAUUCUUCAUCCUCUCCAUCAGCUGAAAAUCAAAGAACAAUUUUUGCUUUGGCAAGUGGACAUGGAAAAUGUGGAGUUGCAGUUGUGAGAGUUUCAGGCCCUCAAGCGAAGGUGGUCUUUGAUAAAAUGAUUCCAAGCAAGAGGGCAAUUGGAACCAGACAAGCAGUUUUGUCACCAAUUUAUGAUCCCACAACAAAUGAAUUAAUCGACCAUGGGCUGAUUCUGUGGUUUACUGGUCCAAAGAGUUUUACAGGAGAAGAUGUGUGUGAGCUUCAAGUCCAUGGGGGACCAGCAGUAAUUGCUGCCCUCUAUGGGGCACUAGGAAAGCUUGAUGGAUUUCAUCUGGCGGAACCUGGCGAGUUCUCAAAGAGAGCAUUCUAUAAUGGCAAGCUUGACCUUACAGAAGUAGAAGGUCUUGGUGACCUUAUACAGGCAGAGACUGAAGCCCAGAGACAACAAGCUGUACGUCAGAUGUCUGGAGUCCUGAGUAAACUGUAUGAAGGGUGGAGAGGCAGGCUGAUCAGGACGGUAGCACACGUUGAGGCAUUUAUUGACUUUAGUGAGGAUGAAAACAUAGAGGAAGGUGUCUUAGAAGAGGCCAGGCAGGAGGUUGAGCAACUUUUGACCGAAGUUAGACGACAUCUACAAGACAGCAGGAAAGGUGAAAGGUUAAGGAGUGGUGUCCACGUCACCAUAGCUGGCCAACCCAAUGUUGGGAAGAGUACACUACUCAAUGCACUUUGUCAACGCCCUGCAGCCAUCGUCUCACCCAUCGCUGGAACGACCAGGGAUGUGGUGGAAUCGUCUCUCAACAUUGGCGGAUACCCUGUCAUCCUCAGUGACACUGCUGGGAUACGGGAGAGCUUAGAUGAGAUAGAGAGGGAAGGAGUGCGUAGGGCCAGAGAGAGAACAAACCUCGCUGACCUUGUCAUCUACAUGCUGGAUGCAACAACACUCGAUCCUCAACCAUCCCCCAAGGCCUUCCUAGAGCAGAUUGAUUCCUAUGUGACACAAUCCAAACUCUGGGAGAACAGAACUCCUAGACUAUGUGAUGAGAACACUCCCGUAAACAAUGAGAACAGCCCUGUAAGCAAUGAGAACAGUCCUGUAAGCAAUGACAAUGAUGGGGAUCAAAGGGACGUGAUUGUGAUGGUCAAUAAAAUGGAUCUGGUGGAUGGAGAGUCUAAGACCAUGCUGCUUUCCGUCAUGCCUGAUGUCUUGAUGCGACGGGGCAACGGAGAGAGGGAAAGGCAGAGUGUCCUGCCUGUGUCCUGUAAAACAGAGGAAGGGAUGGAUGGAUUCCUUGACUUGCUACAAGAAAAAUUAAAGAAGAUGUGCAGCAAUCCUACAUCUUCGGACCCGUACCUGACCCAAGAGCGCCAUCGCAACCAUCUCACAGAGUGCGCCCUCUCUCUGCAAUCCUUUGAAAGUCGGGACGAUCUUGUCAUGGCCGCGGAGGAGCUGAGGAUCGCCCUGCGGCAGCUCGGGAAGAUAACGGGUCAUGUGACCACUGAGGAGGUGCUUGAUGUCAUCUUCAAAGAUUUCUGUAUUGGGAAGUGAUGAUUUACGUUGCUUCUAUUUGCUGUCUUCCAAGUUGUAAUAUCAGGGAUUUAGGCAAAUGCGUUAAUAUUUUUGAAUUUAAUGAUAAUGGCAAUAUAUGGGAUUAUAAGUUUGUCUAAUCUCAGAUUGGAGUAAUUGAUUUGUUAACGUAAGGAAUACCUCUUGAUCGUACCAGCCUUAUUUUCAUUGAUCUUGAAUAUUUGAAGAAACUCUCCACAGUGUCUUAAGAAAAAAUCCCUCUAGAGGUAUGUCAGUAUCUAUGAUUAUAACAUUCUAGUUGUGAUAAAACAUCAGCACUUCCCCCUUCCAGUGGUCGAAAAAAAAGAUGCAACAUCUAUGCUUGUAUUUCUCAAAGAAAGAUUAAUAAUUUUUUGGGGGACCUGCUAUAUUAAUCUUAUAUUCAUGUUAUAUUGUAUUAUUGAGUGACACUUCUUGGUUAGGUUUGAUUCUAUGGCUGCCGUUACAUAACUAGCCCCUACAGAAAUUCUUGCCAUCAUUUUGUUCUGCUUUUUGAAAGUAAAACUCAGUAUUUUUUUUUUAUUCAUGUACCAGUAUUUGAGAUUUAGUCUUCAUAUUCUUGUAAAAAUAUGAGUAAUACAUGUAUAUGGCAUGAUAAAGCAUAGUAUUCUUGGUAUUCACUACA